CGCGAACUCUUGUGUAGCUGCUUUCUUUUCUGACUUGCUCUGACGUCCCACCACUUCUUUUCUCUCUCUCUCUGUCUAAUGAUCUUAUCUCCAUCUUUUUUCUGUUAUCUCUUAUAUUCUUCCCUCACCAUAUUUAGUAAAAACUAAAAUACCUUCAACUCUGUCUGUCAUGUCACUACUACUACUCUAGCUCAACCUUCUAAGUUUAAGGUUAAUCAAGGACCGGAAGUCGUCAUCAAAUCUUUUGCAAGCAACAUGAAGUCCCCAAAUUUCAAUCUUGAAUCGGAAGACGAGUCUGAAGUCAGCAGCAGCCAAGUUGCCUCCUCCAACAUUUCCGCCCAAGAAAUCUCUCCUGAUCCUUAUAAGGACAGCACUACUAAUUCAUCCUGUCUGACUAACUCCCUUAAUCUUCAGCAGGAGUCAAAACCAGUUACUCUUGACUUGACUCUUGGCUUCAACAGCAGUGAUGCCGAGGUGAAGGAACAUGCUGAGACUGGAAGUGAAGUAGUGCCGCAUCCUCCAGCUGCACCGGUAUCAAGGAUCUUCUCAUGCAAUUUUUGUAGGCGCAAGUUUUAUAGUUCGCAGGCUUUGGGAGGACAUCAGAAUGCACAUAAGAGGGAGAGGACUCUGGCAAAGAGGGCAAUGCGGAUGGGAAUGCUAUCAGAGAGGUAUGCUAGCUUGGCAUCGCUGCCCCUUCACGGGUCUGCAUAUCGAUCUCUUGGCAUUGAAGCUCAUGCGUCUAUGCACCAGCGAGCCUCACAACAAGAAAGGCAUAUGCAUGCUAUUAGAGGCGGGGCAAGAUUUGAACAGGGCUAUUUCGGGUUGCCAGUAUACAUGGAGGAUGAUGAAGUGGAGAUGUUUUGGCCUGGUAGUUUCCGCCAAGUUGAGGGAGUUGGUGGCAAUGUGGGGUUCAACUCAGGUCAGAGUUCCAAUAUUAAUUUUGUAGCAAUGGCUCCACCACCUAGGACAGAUUCAUCAUUACCUGAUCUUAAUUUGAAACUGUGACACUCUUCAUUUCACAUUUCUAUAUCUAUUUUUCAGUGUCCCGCUUCUUUUCCAAAAUGCACGGUUAAAUUCGCGCUGUAUUGUACAGGGAGAUAAAUGUCUUAGAUUGAUUUGAGCUUUCAACUUUACCGCGUUAGACUGUUGUCUUCCUGAAAUGUGCUUAAUUCAUUACGUUGUUUAUAAAAUUGUACAAGAUUAUAAGGAAAUUUCACAUUUUUGGAACACUGUUGAUUUCA